AUGGCUUACUAUGGCUCAAUCUCUUUCGAUGGUAUCUUCCGACGAUGUGUAGGAUGCGGCAACCAGUCACCUGCUUGUCCAGCUACCUGCCCUGAAGGCCAAGUCUGCUCUCUCGUUCCCCCGACCUGUGAAGAAUGUCAGAAAACCAUAUGCGUUGAAGACGCUGCGAAUCCUUCCACUAUCAGCACAUCCACAGAUGCACCGAGUUCCGGCCCUAACGUCUCAGCGAUUGCCGGUGGAGUCAUUGGAGGGUUGGCUUUCAUUGCUAUCGUCACCUACCUCGUCUGGAAAUUCUGUAUCAAGGCAAAGAGACAACAAUACGAGCAGGAGAACUGGGGCGAAGAUCCGGACGACCAGACCGAAGCCGAGAAAGACUUCGCGAGGAGACGAGAGGCACGAGCUUCAACACACACGGUGGCUUCGAUAGCAUCUACUGUUCUCACUCGUGCUUCCAACAUCAUUCAGAUUGCGUACAUUCCCGGUGUCACCAAUCGUUCCGCUCCAUCGACGCCUGGUCUCCUGGUCCCUCCCGUUCCUCCGAUUCCCAUUGCCCUAUCGCAGGCCAGCACCCCUCGACACGAGCAAGAACACUUCUUUAUGCCCGGCGACCUCAGAGACUCGACAUAUUCGGGCGUCAGUGACCGGAUGUCCUAUGCCAGAACAAGUAUCGGGUCAACAAUAUACGGGAAGAAUGCUGUUGUAGCUCCUGUCCCCGCCCAGACGAUGAUUCGAGGCAAGGCUGCCGUUGUCAGUGUCAAGUCGAACGGUACCCAACCCGGUGAUGUGACACCACCUGUACCCAGCGUCGACUUUACUAGAUUUGGUAAAGACGAUAGAGCACCAAGUCCCGCAUUCAGCGUUGGAUCUACUUUUCUGAACAACGCCAACACAGCUACGCCGGUCAAACCUCAAGUCGUCCGGGUUGUGACCGCUCAGAAGAAAAUGGCUCCACCUGCUACCAUGCUGAGCCCUGAUAAGCCACGUGGAAGCCCGCUGGCUCGAGAUUCCAACUCUAUCACGAUCAUCGACGAUACCCCUAGUCUCGGUCAAGGCCCUUUUAGCGAUUCUUCUGCUGUCCGUCAAUCGACCAAUACUAAUCGCACUGCCGCUUCUCAAGAAGCAACCGUGAAGAAAGCGGAUGGUGCGACGGAGCCAAACAGAGCUAGUACACCUUUUGGAGAUGAGAACGAAGUUAAAGAGUGA